CUGAGAUUGGGAAUUCCUGCGCCACACUGUUGUGGCACAAUGUAAGGACGUAAUGCGGCGCGCAAUUCUUAGUGCCGUUAGGCUCGUGAACUCGCUGUCGUCCUGCGAGUUCCCUCCUUUAUUCUAGCAACACCACCCAUCACUUAUAUACAACGACCUUCUAACCCCGAACGCUGUUCAUUCUCACGACUUGUACGAUUGAAAGACUGACAGACCAACCUGGGCUGCUGUGGUGCCUUUUUCCAAGCUUGCGCAACGUUUCCUGCUAUCUUUUGCCUCGACCGCUUUCCGGAGGUUAAAUAAACCAGUAACCCUCCUCCCCCACCCAUCGUUUUCAACUCACUCGAUCUUACGCAUCGUUCAAGCGUACACAGUUUCAAGCUGGAAGAAUCAACGAACAUGAGCGGCACCCUUGCUUCGCAGGGCGGCAUUUCGGAUCCCGCCCUGAUCCAACUUGUCAAUAAGCUUCAGGAUGUUUUCGCGACUGUCGGUGUCAACAACCCUAUCGACUUGCCUCAGAUCGCCGUGGUGGGAAGUCAGUCAAGUGGAAAGAGUUCAGUUUUGGAGAAUAUUGUCGGUCGAGACUUCCUGCCCCGAGGCUCUGGUAUUGUAACCCGACGUCCCCUCGUUCUUCAACUCAUCAACCGCGCGCCCCAGAGCAAUGGAGUCAAGGCCGAGGAGGUUGAUACCACCAACGAUAAGCAGGCCAAUGCCGAUGAGUGGGGAGAGUUCCUUCAUGCCCCUGGGCAGAAGUUCUACGACUUCUCCAAGAUUCGAGACGAGAUCUCGAGAGAGACAGAAGCCAAGGUUGGACGAAAUGCCGGCAUCUCCCCCGCUCCCAUCAACCUUCGUAUCUACUCUCCCAACGUCCUCACUCUGACCCUGGUCGAUUUGCCCGGCCUUACCAAGGUCCCAGUCGGAGACCAGCCCCGCGAUAUCGAACGACAGAUCAGGGAGAUGGUUCUUAAGCAUAUUGGCAAGUCCAACGCCAUCAUACUUGCAGUCACUGCCGCCAACCAGGAUUUGGCCAACUCGGACGGUCUCAAGCUGGCACGAGAGGUUGACCCUGAAGGUCAAAGGACUAUCGGAGUCUUAACCAAGGUUGAUCUGAUGGAUGAGGGAACCGAUGUCAUCGAUAUUCUGUCGAACCGUGUCAUUCCUCUUCGGUUGGGCUACGUCCCCGUUGUGAAUCGAGGCCAACGAGAUAUUGAUAACCGAAAGGCCAUCAACCAGGCGCUCGAGGCUGAGAAGAACUUUUUCGAAAACCAUAAGGCUUACCGAAACAAGAGCUCAUACUGUGGAACUCCUUAUCUCGCGCGCAAACUUAAUCUCAUUCUCAUGAUGCACAUCAAACAGACCCUGCCUGACAUCAAGGCCCGCAUCAGCAGUUCUCUUCAGAAGUACUCGGCUGAGCUGGAAAGCCUCGGCCCCUCCAUGCUCGGCAAUAGCGCCAACAUCGUUCUUAAUAUUAUCACCGAGUUCACCAAUGAGUGGCGCACAGUUCUGGAUGGUAACAACACUGAGCUGUCCAGCACUGAGCUUUCGGGAGGUGCUCGUAUCAGCUUUGUCUUCCACGAGCUUUACUCGAAUGGUGUUAAGGCCAUUGACCCAUUUGAUGUUGUCAAGGAUGUCGACAUCCGUACCAUCCUCUAUAACUCUUCUGGAUCUUCACCAGCGCUAUUUGUUGGUACUACCGCUUUCGAACUGAUUGUGAAGCAGCAGAUCAAGCGAUUGGAAGAUCCCAGCCUGAAGUGUGUUUCUCUCGUAUACGAUGAACUUGUUCGAAUUCUGUCACAGCUUCUCGCCAAGCAGCUUUACCGCCGAUACCCUCAACUGAAGGAAAAGAUGCAUGGCGUGGUAAUUGCUUUUUUCAAGAAGGCUAUGGAACCUACCAACAAGCUUGUCAGAGAUUUGGUGGCUAUGGAGUCAUGCUAUGUCAACACAGGCCACCCCGACUUUUUGAACGGUCACCGAGUAAGUUGUUCGAUCUUGAGCUUCCUUGAAAUGUCUCUAAACUGAUAUAUUAGGCAAUGGCGAUGGUGAAUGAGCGAUACAACCCCAGCAAGCCUGUUCAGGUUGAUCCCAAGACUGGCAAGCCACUUGCAUCAACCCCCCGGGCUGCCAGCCCAACAGUCCCCGAUGCCGAUAGCGCCGGUAACUCGGGCUUUUUUGGUAGUUUCUUCGCGGCCAAGAACAAGAAAAAGGCCGCCGCUAUGGAAGCUCCUCCACCCACUCUCAAAGCUUCCGGUACCCUGUCAGAACGCGAGAACAUCGAGGUUGAGGUUAUCAAGCUCCUCAUCUCCUCUUACUAUAAUAUUGUCAAGCGAACCAUGAUUGACAUGGUCCCCAAGGCUGUCAUGCUGAAUCUUGUGCAGUUUACCAAGGACGAAAUGCAACGAGAACUCUUGGAGAACAUGUACCGAACCGACACAUUGGAUGACCUUCUGAAAGAGAGUGACUUCACAAUCCGACGGAGAAAGGAGUGCCAGCAGAUGGUUGAGUCUCUCUCGAAGGCUAGUGAGAUCGUCAGUCAAGUGCAGUGAUGUGGUGAUGGACAAAGACUCUUAUCAUGACUUCCCUGCUCAGCAUCGGGGUCAGACUGAGCCCUUUUGCAGCUUCUCCACCUACGAAUCAAACGCCCCAGGGGUAUCACUACCCAGCAGUCGUCUCCCGGCCUCUUCUCAUGACGUCCUGAGCAUCACUUUAUUUAUACUUUUCGAUACCACACUUUUCAGGGGAGGCCUAGAGUAGACUGCUUAAUGACUUGUAUUGGGAUGCAUGGCUUGGCCCUUGUGUGCGACAGGGUUUGCAGGCGUGGUUUCGUCCUGGGGUGCUGUCGAGGAUGCGGGAGCAAAUGGUGGUAAUGUGUUGGCUGGACAGCUACUGGUUUGCGCUUUCUACCAAGCUUACUUGUUAGUUCUCGGUAAAUUGUGUAGAGAGGUCCUGUUGUAGGUAGAAUAUAUAAUCAUUGCCCUUCUGAGUGUGCAUCCAACGCAGCUCUCUCUCUCUCUCUCUCUCUCU